UCAGAAUGCAGGGCACUGGGCACCCAGCCCUUGCAGCUCCCGCCCGUGCCACCUGCCUCUGCUCCCAGCUGGGCGCCGUGCAUACGGAGGGCGGCUUCGUUGAAGGCUUCAACAAGAAGCUGAGCCUCUUUGGCGGCGACUCUGUUGACAUCUUCAAGGGCAUCCCCUUCGCUGCCGCCCCCAAGGCCCUGGAGAAUCCCCAGCAGCACCCCGGCUGGCAAGGGACCCUGGAGGCCAAGGACUUCAAGAAGCGAUGCCUGCAGGCCACCAUCACCCAGGACGACACCUUUGGGGAGGAGGACUGCCUCUACCUCAACAUCUGGGUCCCCCAGGGCGGAAGUGAAGUCUCUUACAACCUGCCUGUCAUGAUCUGGAUCUACGGAGGUGCCUUCCUCAUGGGGUCCAGCCAGGGGGCCAACUUUCUCAGCAACUACCUGUACGACGGCGAGGAGAUCGCCACCCGGGGCAACGUCAUCGUGGUCACUUUCAACUACCGCGUCGGCCCCCUGGGCUUCCUCAGCACCGGGGACUCCAGCCUGCCAGGUAACUACGGCCUUCGGGACCAGCACAUGGCCAUCGCUUGGGUGAAGAGGAACAUCGCGGCCUUCGGGGGAGACCCUGACAAUAUCACCAUCUUUGGGGAAUCAGCCGGAGGCGCCAGCGUCUCUCUGCAGACCCUCUCUCCCUACAACAAAGGCCUCUUCAAGCGAGCCAUCAGCCAGAGUGGCCAGGCACUGAGCCCCUGGGCCAUCCAGAAGAACCCCCUCUUCUGGGCCAAAAAGAUCGCAGAGAAGGUGGGCUGCCCCGUGGACGACACCUCCAGGUUGGCUGGGUGUCUGAAGGUGACCGACCCUCGUGCCCUGACACUGGCCUAUAAGUUGCCCCUGAUAGGCCUGGAGUACCCCAUACUGCACUACCUGGGCUUCGUCCCCGUCGUUGAUGGAGACUUCAUCCCCGAUGACCCCAUCAACCUGUACGCCAACACCGCUGAUAUCGACUACCUAGCAGGCUCCAACAACAUGGACUCCCACCUCUUUGCCGGUCUCGACAUGCCAGCCAUCAACAACCCCCAAAAGAGCAUCACCGCGGAGGACUUCUACAAGCUGGUCAGCGGGCUCACCAUUGACAAGGGGCUCAGAGGUGCCAACGCCACCUUUGACUUCUACACCGAGCCCUGGGCCCAAGACUCGUCCCAGGAGACCAAGAAGAAGACCGUGGUGGACUUUGAGACCGACAUCCUCUUCCUGAUACCCACGGAGGUCGCCGUGGCCCAGCACAGGGCCAACGCCAAGAGCGGCAAGACCUACAGCUACCUGUUCUCCUACCCCUCGCGGAUGCCCCUUUACCCCAGCUGGAUGGAGGCCGACCACGGGGAUGACCUCCAGUACGUCUUCGGGAAGCCCUUCGCCACUCCGCUGGGCUACCGGGCCCAAGACAGGACUAUCUCCAAGAUCAUGAUCGCCUACUGGACCAACUUUGCCAGAACUGGGGACCCCAACGUGGGCGAGUCAGCUGUGCCCGCGAACUGGGAUCCCUACACCCAGGAGGGUGGCGACUACCUGGAAAUCAAGAAGGAGAUGGACAGCAGCUCCAUGAAGCAGCACCUGCGGACCAGCUACGUGAACUACUGGACGCUGACCUACCAGGCGCUGCCCACGGUGGCCGACGAGGCCUCCACCUCCCUGCCCCCCAUGGCGGACUCUGAAGCCACCCCUGUGUCCCCCAUGGGGGACUCUGAGGUGGCUCGGAUGCCCAUAGCCAUUGGCUUCUAAGGUCCUUGGCCUCCAGAGGCCACAGGGUGGGGCCCCGGGGCCCACCUUCCCUCCUGAGCUCUUCCCGAAUAAAGCC